AUGCAGACUUCAACAAAAUCAUCAACUGCAAAAUUCAGACAUUUGAUUGCUAUCCUCUCCACAGCCGCUACGUUACUGAAGGUAUCACUGCAAUCCGAUGUAAGCGGAUACAUCUGUGAUGACCUUGCUGUGUGGCAUGAUAAAGCAACAGAGGUCGCGCGGCUCGCCUCCGAAUUGUUGACACCAGCAGAUCCUUAUUAUGCUUAUCCGGCAUUGCUUGAGGAUACUAAACUAUUCGGUAAUGAGGAUAAAAAUCUUUUCGUGGUUCCGUUCCGAAACUUCGGGCAUGUCCGUAAUGGUGGGAGGCUUGGGCAUGAUCGCAUCGUCAUGGACGAUGUCGGUAACGUUGUUGGUGUUGUGGUUGAUGUGAACAAUGGAGCUCAUGAUGUGCCCGCAUAUAAAAAAUGUACGACGUUCUGGACAUUUGAAAACCUAAGCCUUGUACUUAAUACGGGAAAAAUACAGAAAACUUCAGGGUUUGUAUGCGGUUCGAAUUUCCUAGGCGCAGCAGUUGAGACUGAAAUGAAAAGUAAAUGCAAAGGACUUGAAAAUCUUUUACCGACUAGUAAAGAGUUCUUCCAAUUCCUUGAUCGAAAAGGCAUUACUUGGUCAAAUAAAAAGCUUUCGUAUAAACACUUCACAAAUAUUGAUUAUAAUUCUCGGCGAUUGGAUCGUGCAGCUAUCUACAAUGUGGAAUUUUCUUUACAAUGCCGUUUGAUUCAAGUUAAGCCAGUGUUCCGAGGUGCCUUCCCAAGACCUGCAUGCUUGGAAGUAUGGACUCCGAAGCCAUCAGUAGACAUAAUCCGUUCAAUCCCAUCGUUGAGCCCUCAAAACCAAAAUCAAGAAAGCAGUGAAACAUAUCAUUGUAGAGAUAUUAAAUUUAGGAUUUCAACCCUCCGAAAUUAUCUCAAUCAAUUCCAUAGGCUAUUGAGCACUACUUCGCCAAUAGGUCUAGGAGGCUCCCUCAUCAGGCAAGACGAUAAAUUGAUUUUAUGGCCUAUACUAUCGCCUGAUAGAUUAAAAAAAAGAAUAAGAUAUCGCACUAUAUUUGCUAUGGGUUUUGACGAAAACAAAUUUUUGGGACUAUAUUAUGGGUGUGCCAGAGUUCCGACUUUAAGAUAUUACAAACCAUGUCCUUAUCCAGAUUUAUUAAAACCAUUUCUUGAGGAUAUAACUUUCACAGAUAGAGACGGACAAACAAGAGACUUUUUUUUUUAA